CUGAAUUAUUAGCAUCAGGAUUGCCAACUAUACCCAUUAAACAUUAGGAACAUAUGAGGUUUUUCCAUUUAACUUUUCUCAACUAACAUCGAGAAAAGAGGGGGCACACCAAUUUUACUUGCUUCAAGCACUAAAUAUGUAGCUACGCCACUAAAUUUAAAUAUAUAUAAAUAUUUUAUAUGUAUUUUUCCCUUGGUACGUAGAGCCCAAUGCAAAGUUACAUCCUAUUAUGUUGUCGAACUGAAAAAACCAACUAAGUCUUGAGUAUUUAGCAUUUAAAAAUCUAGACAUCUAAGGAAAAAUUAGGCAAGUCCAAAAUCUACAGGGGAAAAAUUAGACAUGUCCCUGGUGGGUCAUGUGGUGUUAAUUCACAUUACUAGGUCAGGUAAUCAGUGUUUAGCUUUGGCAUAAUAACGAAGUGCAUGGAAAACGGUGGAUUGCUUUGGCAGGCCAGUUGUGACUGUAACGCCUCGAAAGCAAAAAAUUAAUAAAAGGAAAAAUGAUGCGGCAAAGAUUAAACGCAUAAAAAAUCAGCAUCAGGUGAGGACUGCAAAUGUAUUCCUCUAAAACGUUUUUAACAAAUAGAUGAAGCUGCAAGACAAUCACUCAUUGAGGGCUACAACACAUACUAAAGCAAAGACAGCCAAGAUUCUUAUCUGUCUACAAUGGUAGUAGUUCUCCCUGUUAAACAAUGUAGGUGUAGAAAAGGUGCAGAAGAAAAUUCUUACAAACCUAAAGAGAUGAGGGUAAAGUAUGUUGUAAAAGUACCCACAGGUACAUCACAGGAACAUAGUGUGUGUGAAAGCCUUUUACUCACUCUUUGGCAUCACAAAAAACCGUGAAACAGUCAGAAACAGUCCGCAAAGCAAUGUCAUUAACAGGUCAUGCACCGCGAGAUGGAAGAGGAAAGGAUAACAACAAGCUACACAAAUUGACAGAUAAAACAGUAACUGGUGUGUGGCCACAUAUCAUCUUUCCGAUGCAAACACAGUCACUAUGCAAUGGGGGAGUUAAGAGAGUUGUACCUUUCAGAUACCUUGAAUUGCUAAAAUACAUCGCAUACAGAUGUUUGUGUCAGUUCACCCUGUAACUAAGGUAAAAGAAAACUCUUUGAGAAACAUCCCAACUCAUGCAAAAAAUUAAAACCAUUUGCUCAAUCAAAAAGUGACAAAGUUGAAAAAAAGAGGAUAAUUAAUGAAACUUCAAAACGUGAUAACUAGAGAGACAAGUUUACCAGAAAUAUCUUUCAGAUUUUCUGCCAAUAAAGAUUCUUCAAAUCCACUAGAUGUUGCUAGCAGAGUUCAUGUCAAUAAAGAUAUAUCAGAGGUAUGCACAGCACUAAAAAAUUAUUAUCUGAAAUAUUAUGGCAAAAUAAAUGAACUUCAACCACUAUUAAAAACACCUGCUAAUGUUGAUCUAAUACAAAAAUUUGUUGAUCUAUGUAUUGUUGAUGCACAUAAUGCUCAAAUGGAUGUUGUUUGUAGAGUUGAACGAAAGCAAUUUCUUGAAAAGCAAAUGAGUUAUACACCAAUUCCAUAUAGUGAAAUAUUUAUGAACGAAAAAUCAGUAAUAUUAAUAUCUGGAAUAGCUGGUAUUGGAAAAACAUGGUUGCUCAGAAAGUGUUUGCUCGAUUGGUCGAAUAAUUUAAUUUGGAAUAAUGUUGAACUUGUGUUUUAUUUGGAAUGCAGGAGGCUUAAUCAAUAUCAAAAUGUUUCAAAUAUUAAUGAAUUACUAAAUGUUUUCUACAAAGAUAUUUUAAAUGAUUUUGAUAUUAGUAAGCAUACUACAUUGUUUAUAAUUGAUGGAUUAGAUGAAUUUAAAUAUUUAAAUGAAUUAUUAAAUCCAAAUUUAAGUUCUAACUUUCCGAUUGUUAAUGCUUUAGCAGAAAUUCAAAGUUAUAAACAUGUAGUUGCUGGUAGAGUUUAUGCAAUUGAUAAAUGCCAAAAUAUAUAUACAGAGCAUAUUGAUAAGUUAACCAUUCAAAUAAUGGGGUUUAACCAAGAUGGAGUUGAAAAUUAUGUAGAAAAUCAUGUUAUAGAAGAAAAAAAAGAAGUUGUUAAAGCAACUUUAAAGGAGUCUCCAAUUGCAAAAGUUAUGGCAACUGUUCCAUUUUAUUUAUCUUCCAUGUGUAAAAUUAUUAGUGAUUCAAGCAAAAUAUAUACAACUUCUUUCUUAACGAUGACAGAAUUGUAUGCAAAUAUUUUUUUAUACUUUUUGCAAAAACACAUUAUCAAAAACAAUGUAUUGGUUUAUGAAAUGAUGGCAAAUGAAAAUAAUAAGAAAUAUGUAUUAACCAUUUGUAGGAUAGCUUUUGAAUUGUUUAUUGAAAAUAAAUUUAUUUUUUCAAAAGAAGAAGUUUUACUAUUUAUCAAUAACUUUAAUGAAGUUGAUGAAAGUCUUUUUGGUUUUAUUGAAAGGGUUGAAACACAUCUUGGUUAUUUUUACCAAUUUGCACAUUUGACUGUAAUGGAGUUUUGUGCAUCUGUAUAUGCAUACAAUUGUUUAAGCUUUGAAGAGAUUAUGGCCAAUAAAAAGCUGAAGAGUUGUUUAUCAAUGAUUUGUGGAUUAAGCAAUAAAAACCAAAAUAUUAUAUUAAAGUUUCUUGUUAACCUGAAUCCUUCUAAAAAAUCAAAAGAGGAGUCUUCACUUUUGAUUCCUAUUUUGGAUCGUCUAUCUAAAAGUAUUAAUUGUAAAAGUAUUGAUGGUUUUAAAGAUUUCAAUUUUUUCUACGAAUGUUUCUACGAAAGUCAAUCGUCAUUCACUGAUGAAAUAAACUCAAUUGUUGAUGUACGAAAUAAACAUAGGUGGGGUUGGAGGAUUUUGAUUGACGAUGGAAAAACUUCUUACGCAACUUCUUGCGAUAAUUAUUUCGUAAAUUAUUACAUUAAAUCUGGAAGAAAGUUAGAUGGGUUAGGUGUUGAUAAAAAUAUUUUAAGUGAUGAAGAAAAAAAUCUUAUAAUUCGAUGUUCAACUAAUGUUCGCGAUGUCUUCUUUUUUAAUCCAAUUUAUUUCGAAGGAUGGAAACCGAAAGAUAAGAUUGAAUGGUUGAGGAUAUGGAUCUCAAAAUAUUUCAUAACAAAAAAAGAUUUUGAAGAAAACUUUCUUCCUUGGAUUAAUCUUUGUAAAGAAUUAGAUCUUAAACUUCACGACGACAUUGAUUUCUUUAAAGACAUUUGUGAAUGGAUUCGUUGUUCGAACAUCAAGAAGUUUAAGAUCUGGUACCGUGGAAAAGAUUUUUGUAACCUCGAUGAAUUAACUUUAUAACGCGGAAAAAUAUAUUUAAAUAUAUAAAAU